CGACCAUGGGGUGCAUUAAAAGCAAAGAAGACAAAGGUCCAGCCAUGAAAUACAGGACUGAUAAUACUCCAGAACCUGUUAGUUCCCAUACCAGCCAUUAUGGAUCAGACUCAAGCCAAGCAACACAAUCACCCGCAAUAAAGGGAUCAACAGUUAAUUUUAAUAGUCAUUCCAUGACUCCUUUUGGAGGACCCUCAGGAAUGACACCAUUUGGAGGAGCAUCAUCUUCAUUUUCAGCUGUGCCAACUCCAUAUCCUAGUACUUUAACGGGUGGUGUUACUGUAUUUGUGGCCUUAUAUGAUUAUGAAGCUAGAACUACAGAUGACCUUUCAUUUAAGAAAGGUGAACGGUUCCAGAUCAUUAACAACACGGAAGGAGACUGGUGGGAAGCACGAUCCAUUGCUACAGGAAAAACAGGCUACAUCCCAAGCAAUUAUGUAGCUCCUGCAGACUCCAUUCAAGCAGAAGAAUGGUAUUUUGGUAAGAUGGGCAGGAAGGAUGCAGAAAGGCUACUUCUAAAUCCUGGGAACCAGCGUGGUAUUUUCUUAGUAAGAGAGAGUGAAACCACUAAAGGUGCUUAUUCCCUUUCCAUACGUGACUGGGAUGAGGUCAGAGGUGACAAUGUGAAACACUACAAAAUCAGAAAACUUGAUAAUGGUGGAUACUAUAUCACAACCAGAGCACAAUUUGAAUCACUGCAGAAGUUGGUAAAGCACUACAGAGAACACGCUGAUGGGCUGUGCCAUAAGCUGACAACUGUGUGUCCAACUGUGAAACCACAAACCCAGGGACUAGCAAAAGAUGCCUGGGAAAUUCCCAGAGAAUCUUUGAGGCUAGAGGUGAAGUUGGGCCAAGGAUGCUUUGGUGAAGUGUGGAUGGGAACAUGGAAUGGAACCACAAAAGUAGCAAUCAAGACACUAAAACCUGGUACCAUGAUGCCAGAAGCUUUCCUGCAGGAGGCACAGAUCAUGAAGAAAUUACGACACGACAAGCUUGUACCCCUGUAUGCUGUUGUUUCUGAGGAGCCAAUCUACAUAGUCACUGAAUUCAUGACAAAAGGCAGCUUGCUAGACUUCCUAAAAGAAGGGGAAGGGAAGUACUUAAAACUCCCCCAACUGGUUGACAUGGCUGCACAGAUUGCUGAUGGCAUGGCUUACAUUGAAAGAAUGAACUACAUCCACAGGGAUCUCCGGGCAGCUAACAUUCUUGUAGGAGACAAUCUUGUGUGUAAAAUAGCAGACUUUGGUUUAGCACGGCUAAUAGAGGACAAUGAGUACACUGCAAGACAAGGAGCUAAAUUUCCAAUUAAAUGGACAGCUCCUGAGGCAGCGUUGUAUGGUCGGUUUACAAUCAAGUCAGAUGUGUGGUCGUUUGGAAUUCUACUGACAGAGCUGGUAACAAAAGGGAGAGUGCCAUAUCCAGGGAUGGUGAAUCGGGAAGUUCUGGAACAGGUGGAACGUGGAUAUAGGAUGCCUUGUCCACAAGGCUGUCCAGAGUCUCUCCACGAGUUAAUGAAACUGUGUUGGAAGAAGGACCCUGAUGAGAGACCAACAUUUGAAUAUAUACAGUCUUUCCUGGAGGACUACUUUACUGCUACAGAACCACAGUACCAGCCUGGAGACAAUUUAUAAGCCAACAAUCUGUAUAACAUACACAAAUCUGCCAAAUGUAAAAGACUUGCAAAGAAUUCCUGAUGUCUUUAAGGAAUCAAAGGAAAGAAAAUCUUCGCUACUUUGCAUGCUUUUAAUGGCAAACUGGAAUUUCAUAAUACAGUUGCACAAAACCACUUUUGAAGUGUUAUAAUUACCAAUGAUGGAAUUCUGUUUGUUUGUUUUUUCUUUUUCCCAACUUAUUUCAGGGUCCAAAGGAAGCUUAUUGAAAAAUACAGGGUGGUAAAACAAGAGCUAGUGUGAACAAUAGCAGCAAACCCAGUGUUUGAAAUCAUUUAUUUUCCAGGUAUUUAGUAAUCAUUCUACUAAGAGGGAAUUGUCUGGAGUUGCAAGUGGCUCUGAGUAGGACAUUUUAAAGCAGAGGAACUUUAUGGGACCAAAUAAUUCUAUUCCAGUUCUGUAAAACUUCCUGCACUAAAAUUCCAUGGGUAUUUUCUUUUAAAGGUGAUGCAACCCUAUUGAUGCAUAGUCUUUAUCUUUAAGCUUCCUCUUAUAUGGACUUAAUUAGGGUAGGCAGGUUAAAGGAGAAAUUGGAACAAUAUAUGACAAACUUUGAUCUAAAUUGUAGACCUCAAUAGUGAAAUUAGAGAGCAUAAUGCACUGUGUUUAAUACGUGUUAUUAAUGUAACUGGAAAGUAGCAUGAGGGAUUUUUCUUUUUUUUUUUCUUUCUGCAUAGCUAAUUAAGAAUAAUGAAGGUAACUAGAAAAUGAGGUAAUAUUUUAUAAAGUUACGCUGAUAAAGUAUGAUGAUAUUUGAACUUGAAACUAUGUAAUAAAAUUGGGGUGGGGGAAAAUCCUUUAAUCUUUUAAGCUCUAAUCUUACAAAGAGCUUUUGUGUGGGAAAACUACCUGAACAAAGCUCACCAAGAAAGCAAGACUGAAGCUGGUAAAUGGCCACUUUUAGCCCAUUUUCAGAGACAGAUUUGGUACUGUUAUAUGUGGCUUUUAUAUUGUUAAUAAGGGUGGGUGCCACAAAUGUAAACUGUCACUAGUUCAGGGAUUUGAUUGCACUUUUGCUUCUCUUGACUAUUAAGACACUCUUACACACAGUUUCGCUUCCCACUUUUGCCCUUCCCAUAGAAUUAUUUAACUAAAAGUAAACAGAAGAAAAUGUGAAAGUAUAGAAACUAAAGGGAUAAAAUAUAUUUAAUAUUGACCGAAUAUAGUGACAAUGAACUUUUGUUGGCAUUCAGCGCAGCUUACACAACAUCUAGAUUUUAUUUUCUUCAGCUACUGACAUAUCAAGCAAUAACAUCAUGUCUUCUAUCCAACAAUUUGCAUGAGGUUUUUGAAUUUCUGAUCAAGCUUGUAUAAUUUGAUUUUGAAACACUAAACUCAUACUUAGCUGUUGGGUUGAAAUUUGUAUUAUCAUUGUAAAGCUAUCCAACU